CCUUUCGAAUUCGGCAAUCAGUUAGUAGGUAGUUAAUUUUGGAACGUUAAACAGCGGCUAAUAAAAUGGACGAUUUAGCGUAUCAGAAACCUGCCAGUACACUCUCUGAUGGCAAGGAUCGAUACCUUUUCCAAUAUGUGGUAGCAUUUUCAGCUUCCAUGCUUUUGUUUUCCUCUGCUAUAUCGUUUGGUUGGACCAGUCCUUCACUACCAUUACUCAUGGAUGGUGAAAGUACCUAUAUUCGCAUUACAAGUGAUGAAGGAUCUUGGAUUGUUGCUAUCUACGUAAUUGGAACGAUUUCCGUACCGAUACCGGCAGCAUUUCUGAUGGAUCGAUUCGGUCGUAAGAAAACUCUUCUGGUCGGUUCAGUGCCACUACUGGUUGGUUGGAUAUUGGUUGUCGUUUCAAAAUCAAUUAGUUUGAUUUAUGUGUCACGAGUUUUGUGUGGUUUUUCGUAUGGAUUGAGUUAUUCCGUGUUACCUAUGUAUUUAGCUGAAAUAUCUUCGGAUAAAAUCAGAGGGUCUAUUACGAUCAUUCUCACAGUCAUGGCUAAAUGUGGGAUUUUAUUCUCAUACCUUGUUGGAAGUUACACAUCAUUAUAUACCGCUGCCUUGAUCUCAAUGGCUCCUCCAAUAAUAUUUGUUUCGUGCUUCAUUUGGCUACCGGAUUCCCCGUACUUUUUGAUAGGAAAAAACAGAGGUAAGGAAGCCAUUAGAAGUUUGGAAAGGCUAAGGGGCCAUAGAGAUGUUCAAGCUGAGUACGAACGAAUGUGCAUUACCGUGAGAAAAUCUGAAGAUAACAAAGGGGCUAUCAAAGAAAUAAUGUCGCGGAAUAAUAUACGUGCUGCAAUUAUUAUCAUGGGCCUGGGUGGCAUCCAACAGUUCUGUGGAAGCCAGGCUGUUAUAUCUUAUGCUCAAAUUAUUUUUAACGAGAUUGGAAGUGAAUUGGGAGCGGCAGAGAGUAGCUUUAUCUUAGCGGCCGUACAGAUUAUUGCUUCAGCAUUUUCAUCUUUAAUUGUGGAUAGAUUUGGCAGGAGGCCGUUGCUGUUGUUUUCUGUUAGUGGUGCCGCAAUUUGCAAUACAAUCGUAGGAAUAUAUUUCUUCUUGAACCAUCAAGGAAAUGAUGUUCGUUCAAUUUCCUGGCUUCCCAUGACGGCUAUAAUGAUCUUCAUUGUAUCGUACACUCUCGGACUUGCAACUGUUACAUUCGUUGUGCUGGGUGAAGUUUUUCCGAAAAAUUUGCGUGCAGCUGCAGGAGCUGUAUUUACAAUAUUUGCAUCUGUGUGUGGGUUUGCUGUCGCAAAAAUGUUUCAAUUGGUCACAGACAAUGUGGGAAGUCAUGCAACGUUCUGGAUAUUUGCGGGAUUCAGUUAUCUGUUCAUUCCGUUCAUUUGGUUUAUAAUACCAGAGACGAAAAAUAAGUCCUUGGACACUAUUCUAGAGGAAUUGCGGAUUAGGAAGCGUUAGCUUUGGGCUUCCAUCAGGACUGUGCAGUUGUGAUGACGAAAGUUGCUGUUUGUAUAAGUAAAUAAAGGAGAUUGGUAUGUGGGUAAUUUCCUAA